UUUGUUUCCCAAGUUAAUAUAAAUCAAAUUGAAAAUUAAACUUAAUGCUACAUUUGAAAUAGAAACAAAAGAACAUUUUGCCAUUUUAAAAACAUAGCGUUUCAUUGGAAACACGACAGCAUAACAGGCCAUUUUCCUUUUUAUAAGGAAUUGUGAAGAAAAAUAAUUCUUAUUGCACGACACAACAACAGCAAGAGAUUAAAAAUAACCAUCCCUUGUCCUAAACGGACAUCCGGAAACCGCCGAGUUCAAAUUACAUUGAUGUAUUGUUUGGAUUAUCAUAUGUAAGAUGGGUUGGAUGACACGUUGGAUGACAGAGCACUUGUUCAGCUACGAGACUGAGAAAUUAGUGCAGGUGCCCACUCUGAAGAUAGGCAUAGUUCACAGGAGCAUCCAGCUGCUCAUCAUCUGCUACACUGUCAUAUUUGUCAUCAUCAUUGAGAAAAGAUACCAAGGCACUACCGACGCCCAAGGUGUCUCUUCCACAAAAUUAAAGGGCGUGGCCUACUUGAGAGGACUGAACCACCCAGACUACCACAAAGUGUGGGAUGUAGCAGACUAUGUGUACCCUGCCAACCUCGAAUCAUCGGUCACUGUCAUCACCAACGCCGUCAUCACCCCUCUUCAGACACCCUCCUUCUGUCCCGCAGACCCCGAAGUGGGACCCCUUUGCGACUGCCCUGAGAGAGAAUGCAAGAGCCAGUGUGUUCCGAAUAGGGCGGAGCCAACAGGGAACGGAGUGAGAACAGGUAACUGCGUUCCAAGUGCAGCCGACCCCGAAGUGAAGUGUAAGAUGGGUUGGAUGACACGUUGGAUGACAGAGCACUUGUUCAGCUACGAGACUGAGAAAUUAGUGCAGGUGCCCACUCUGAAGAUAGGCAUAGUUCACAGGAGCAUCCAGCUGCUCAUCAUCUGCUACACUGUCAUAUUUGUCAUCAUCAUUGAGAAAGGAUACCAAGGCACUACCGACGCCCAAGGUGUCUCUUCCACAAAAUUAAAGGGCGUGGCCUACUUGAGAGGACUGAACCACCCAGACUACCACAAAGUGUGGGAUGUAGCAGACUAUGUGUACCCUGCCAACCUCGAAUCAUCGGUCGCUGUCAUCACCAACGCCGUCAUCACCCCUCUUCAGACACCCUCCUUCUGUCCCGCAGACCCCGAAGUGGGACCCCUUUGCGACUGCCCUGAGAGAGAAUGCAAGAGCCAGUGUGUUCCGAAUAGGGCGGAGCCAACAGGGAACGGAGUGAGAACAGGUAACUGCGUUCCAAGUGCAGCCGACCCCGAAGUGAAGGUGUGUGAGAUCGAAGGGUGGUGUCCGGUGGAGAUAGAUACCUUGCCGACCAAAGGAGUCCUGAUAGACGAGGCCGUAAACUUCACCCUAUUCAUUCGCAGCACAAUGGAGUUCAAAAAAUACGGCUUCAUGAAACGGAAUAUUUUAGACCCGGAAACAAUUCGAAAUUGUCAUUACAGUUCGACGGACAAUGUUUACUGUCCAAUUUUCAGAAUUGGCGACAUGUUAGAGCGAGCUGGGGUCAAGUUUGAAGACAUUGCAAAGUACGGCGGAAUUUUGGGCAUUUUUCUGACUUGGGACUGUAACCUUGACUAUUCUUGGGACGACUGCCACCCGAAAUACUCUUUCAAGCGUCUUGAUGACCCCGAAAGCGGAGGUCACAACUUCAGAUACGCGAACUUCUACCGACAGAAUGGAACUCAAUACCGCGAUUUGAUCAAAGCGUACGGGAUAAGGUUUGACAUUAUAGUUGAAGGCACAGGUCGCAAAUUCGACAUUAUAGUUCUAGUUAAUAGCAUUGCCAGUGGCUUAGCAUUACUAGUGAUCGCCAGCAUAGUUUGCGAUUUUCUAAUAAUCUAUGUGGUAGAUAAUAGACAUUUCUACAAAAAUCAAAAGAUUUCUGUAGUUUCCGAGGAAAUUGAGGAGCAAAGUUCGACCAGUUACGGAACUCUGGAAUCGUCGAAGACUCCACACGAGAGCGCUGGAAAGUAAAAUGAAAUUCUGUAGCUUUUGCCCCAAAACUGCACAAGGUGAUUUCUCGAAAAUAAAACCCAACGAAGAUAAUUUACUGACGUACAAGAAUUUAAUGAUGUACAGUUGGCUCAAUACUAUUUACUGUAAUAUAUUUUUAGUUUGUU